UGUCACCAUCAUCAAGAGUCACCUUAUCUUUCAAAUUACUCAAACCUGAAAUCCCCUUUCUGCUCAAACAUUUACUGGCAGGACUCGGCAGCCAUGAAGCUUCUCAUCCUCGCCUGCCUGCUGGUUGCCGCUGCAGCCAUGCCGAAAUUUGCUUUUAGACAUAUGGAACUCUCUCAAAACCAGCAAGACAGCAGCAGCAGCAGCGAGGAAAUCCUUAAAGAUGAUAAGAUUUCCAAAUUUAUUCAGCCUACAUCAGUGGAAUUUAGAAAGCAGACAGAGCAUCAGAGCGAAAGACAGAAUGAGGAAAUCAAGGAAACGAGCAGCGAGUCUACUGAGCAGAUAAAAUCUACCAGCAGUUCACCAAGCGAGAAGUGCAAUCCAAGGGAAGACAUGGUCUACCAAUUGAACCUGGAGCAGCUUCUUAGACUGAUAAAAUACAACCAACAUCAGCUGGAAGCUGCUCAUGCCCAGGAGAAACUUUACAGAAAAAAUGAACACAACCAAGCCCAAAUGAGAGGCCCUAUGAGAAUGGCAAACCAGGAACAGGCCCAGUUCUUUUAUGAGCUCAAUGCCUACCCGUUCACUGACUGGUACUAUCCCCCGCAAGUGCAGUAUGUACCUUUCCUGCCCUUCUUCAACAACAUGAACCCCAUCAUCCCUGAAAAUAUUCCAAACACUGAUGUCAUGUCAGAGUGGUUGAACUAAAUCAAUUCUCAGGAACUCCCCAGUUAUGGCACUAGAUGUGACUACAGCUUCCUUCUCCGACUUUCUUCUCUGCCUGAUCAUCACGUGAAACAGACCACAGCUUUGGCUAUGAUUUUAGAAUAGCAAGGUGCCUACUGGAGGGCAUAUUUCUUUUUCUUUCAUCUACUAUAUAUUGGAGAUCACAGCAACCUCUCCUCGGGUUCAAAUUUCCUAGACAGUUAUCAUCUGAAUUCUAGUUGUGUCAUAUAGAUACAGAGAGCACCUUGUAAGAGGGUAUUAAAGUCUUUACUAAAUUUCUAUAAUGGAAAUUUUGUUUAGAAGGCUUUGAGUUGCUUUUCCUGUAAGUCCCAUCAUUUCGAAUAAUUGUGUGCUGUGACUGAGGUCUUCUUCUUUCCAAUAAAUUGAA